UCCGUCUGCUUCAGUAAACCAUACAUGCACAGUACUGACAGACAGCGUGGUGGUCGGGCCUCGUACACACACACUGUGUAAAACUGUCCUGUGUAAGGCAAACUGCAGGGAUUUUAACAUGAAGCUGACGGAUGAUUUGUCGAACCCGGUUUGAAACGCAGCUUUCUUUAACUAUGAAGCUUCUUGAGAACAUUCCAGUGCUGCAGAUCUUCCUGCUGCUGCAUCUCAGCCUGAUCAGCGCUGUACAGAGAGCUCCUAAAAUCACCACCUUACUUGAGACAGUUGAUGCCUUACUGGAUCAUAAUGCUACUUUUAUAUGUGAGGUGGAUUCACACCCUCUAGCAGAUAUAACAUGGGUGCGAAAUAACUAUCCUAUACGGCAUUAUGACUCCCGAUACAUUAUUAAAGAAAAAGGCCAGAUGUUGAUCAUUCCCAAUGUGAAGGAUACAGACAGUGGAGAAUAUUGUUGCACCGCCGAUAAUGGGAUCGGAGAACCAGCAAAAAGCUGUGGGGCUUUGCAGCUAAAGAUGAAGCCCCAGAUUAAGAGACAUCCAACAAACGUGACGUUACUACUGGAGUCCAAGGCAGUGUUGCCAUGUGUAUCAUUAGGAUAUCCCAAGCCAGAGGUUUCCUGGCUUAAAGGUGAUGAUUUGAUAAAGGUUGACAGCCGAAUAUCGAUUUUGGACAUUGGUGCCUUAAAAAUUCACAAUAUCAGGAAAGAGGAUGCAGGACAGUACCGAUGUGUGGCUAGGAACAGUUUUGGGAUUGCUUAUUCAAAACCAGUCACCAUCGAAGUACAAGCUCCUGCUAAAAUACUUAAAGUUCCCAAAGAGAGGAAAGUGCAGAUUGGAACUAAAGUGGCCUUGGAGUGCAAUGCCACUGGAAACCCUGUUCCUUCUAUCACUUGGCUGGAAAAUGGGAAUACAAUCACAGGAGCAUCAGUGGAGGAGACACUGGUUGGGGAGGUGAUUGUCUCCAUCCUGCAUGUGGUGGUAAAUAAGCCGGCUCUUUACACAUGCCAGGCCACUAAUCAACACAGCGGAGGAGCUAAUACUGUCAAAGCCACUGCCAAGAUCACUGUCUCAGAGUGGAGGCUGUACAAAGGUAGUGCUGGUUACUGCAGUAUGUACAGGGGUGAAGUGUGCCGUGGGCUGUUGCGUCAGUCAGCACUUGUCUUCUUUAAUUCUUCUCUGCCGGAGCCAGAGCAGGCGCAGGAGUUCCUGGCGCAUGGAGGCUGGGCUGAGCUGGAGGGAACAAGCUCGCUGUGCCAGCCUGCAGCUCGCUCGCUGCUCUGCCAUGCUGCCUUCCUGGACUGCAGCCCAUCAGGCCUCGGUCCCACACCCAAACCUGUCUGCAGGGAGCACUGUCUGGCUGUGAAGGAGCUCUACUGUUAUAAGGAAUGGCACUCGAUGGAGGAGAGGAAUCUCAGAGGAAUGAUUUCUCCAAGCCUCACUUUUCCAGACUGUGAAACUCUGCCCAGUCAGGAGUCUGCUCCAUCGUCCUGCACCGCUGUAGCGUUUGUAGAGAUGAAGAAAGACCAAAUCACAACAACGUGCUACAAUGAUAGAGGAAGGUUUUAUCAAGGCAAUCACAAUGUCACAGCAUCUGGUAUUCCUUGCCAGCGAUGGGACCAGCAGGAUCCUCAUCCUCACAGGCUGUCUGUGAACGUCAUCCCAGAGCUGAAGAAUGCUGAGAACUUCUGCCGCAAUCCUGGGGGGGAGAGCGACCGGCCAUGGUGCUACUCCACUAACCCUAGUAUACGCUGGGAGUACUGCCUGGUGCCCAAAUGUGAAGAAGUUACCAAUGUGAGAAUGCUGCCUGCUCCAAAAGUGAGCACCUCAAACCCCAUGCCUGCUGUGUCCACUGGCUACUACAUGAGUGUUAUCAUAUUCAUCAUGGCUGGAUUUGCAGGCGUAGCCUUCUUCACUAUCAUUCUGCUCAUGUGUCUCAAGAGGAGAAAAAGGUGGAAGCGUCGAAAAAGCAGGGCCAUGGAGGCGCCGACUCUCACCGCGCUUCCCUCUGAGCUGCUGUUAGACAGACUUCACCCGAACCCCAUGUACCAGCGCCUUCCUCUGCUGCUCAACUCCAAGCUUCUGGCACUCGAGUACCCGCGUAACAACAUCGAAUAUGUGCGUGACAUCGGAGAAGGGGCCUUCGGACGAGUGUUUCAAGCAAGGGCUCCAGGGCUGUUGCCACAUGAAGCCUUCACCAUGGUGGCUGUAAAGAUGCUAAAGGAGGAGGCCUCAGCUGACAUGCAGAACGACUUCCAGAGAGAGGCAGCUCUCAUGGCCGAGUUUGAUCACCCCAACAUUGUCCGGCUGCUGGGUGUGUGUGCUGUAGGGAAGCCCAUGUGUCUAAUGUUUGAGUACAUGGCACACGGAGAUCUAAAUGAGUACCUGCGGCGACGUUCUCCAGUCCAGCAGCGCACUCUGAGCCAGGGAAGUCUGACGUGGCCCAGUUCCCAGUCCUCUGAGCCUGAUCCGUGUCCACUCAGCUGCCUGGAUCAGCUUUCAAUAUCCAAGCAGGUGGCAGCAGGCAUGGCGUACCUGUCUGAGCGCAAAUUUGUGCACCGGGACUUAGCCACAAGGAACUGCCUUGUAGGCGAGAACCUGGUGGUGAAGAUUGCAGACUUUGGCCUGUCACGGAACAUCUACGCAGCUGACUACUACAAGGCAAGUGAGAAUGACGCCAUUCCUAUCCGCUGGAUGCCACCCGAGUCGAUCUUCUAUAACCGCUACACCACUGAGUCAGAUGUCUGGGCUUAUGGAGUUGUGCUCUGGGAGAUCUUUUCACAUGGUAUGCAGCCCUACUAUGGAAUGGCCCAUGAGGAGGUGAUAUACUAUGUCAGGGAUGGCCAUGUGCUGCUAUGCCCAGAACAGUGUCCACUGGAGCUCUAUAACUUGAUGCGUUUGUGCUGGAGCACCAACCCGAGCGACCGGCCCAGCUUUGCGAGCAUUCACCGCAUCCUGGAGAGGAUGCACAACCAGAUGUUUCACUCUAGCAUGAACUGAGGCAAUAUGCGGAUCUACAGCGAAGAAAGCACAGAAACAAUCAUUGAGGAACAUGGUAUCCUCAGAUUUAUCUCAUCUGAGGUUUUGUGUCAUCUGAGGGACGUAAACCCUGCCCAACAGACAGCCGUGUGGAUAAACAGACCAGAUAAAAUCAUUCAGAAGUUGUAUACCAAGUAGGGUCCAAAUACUUGAGUCCACUACCAAUAACUGUUAAUACUAUGUUAUCAAACAUUUCCUGUAAUUCUACAUGGUGUCAAAGUAGGUAGUGUCGCCACCUCACAGGUCCAGGAUCCUCUAAAUCAGGGUGUCUAAUAUAAUCCAGAAAGGAUCUAUGAAGGUGCAGGUUUUCAUUCCAACCAAGCAGAAGCUACACCUGAGUCUACUGAAAGCCGAGAUGACCUGAUCACUGGCUUCUGCAUGACUGCUAUGAAAACCUGCACCCACACCAGCCCAUUACAUUGGCCCCCUAUCCUAAAUGAUCCUGAGAUGUUUGGAGAUCCACAUGUCAGUGUAUUCUCCAGUUUACUCAAACCUCUAAAGAACCAGUAGUUGGAUUAGCAAUCCUUGGUAUGAAUACUUGAGUGAAUGUGUAUGUCCAUGGUGUAUAUUCCUGCCUCAUGCCCAGUGUUACCUGGGAUAGGCUUUAAUUUUGUCUGAGAAAUAGAACGUACAUAAUAUUAUCAAAAAAGUGUAACACAGGUGACAAAAAUCAUUCUUAAAGAUUGACUGGAUGCUAACAAUUAACAUCAUAAUAUUAACAUGAUAGUACUAUAUAUAGAGAAAAAAUAUAUAAAAUAAAUAUAAAUGCUACAGAUUUGAUUAGAUGUUUGGUUUGGUUUAACUCACCCAAUUUAUAAAGGUACGAUUCAUUUAAAAUCCUUCCUCUCUUUAUGAAAUGGCUUAUAGGGGAAGGGUAGAUUCAUUGUGGCUGUUAAUUAUUUUUCCAGAAUAGAUUAAUUGUGUGCGUAGCCUUAACCCUAUGUGCUUCCAGGGUGCCAUAUCAUGACUGACCCUCUGCUAAUGUACAGCUUAAAGCUUUUUUUCUAACGACAUUUGGUCAAAUUUUGCAAGCCAGGCUCAAAUCAAGUGUUUAGGUGUAGCUGUAUCCUCGUUUGAGCUCUGAAAGAAACGCAUGUUGCAAAAUAGAAGCUUCAAUAGAAUUGAAAUCUUGAUCUUUUGCUGUACCUAAGCUUAUAUUUGAGGUUUGAUGUGUUAAGUAUAUCUAACUACAGUGCUGUGUGAAGAAAUGCUGUACAGCAGCCUUCAAAGCAACGAUGCCUUGAACAUUAAAUGAAAUACAAAACAGACAAAUUAAAUUAAUAUUUGCUCCGACAAUUAUAUUUGCUUUAAAUAAAAUAGUAGUCUCAUGUACACUUUGCACAGCUUUAAAAAAAGAUAUUGGCUGGGAAUUUGUUUCUUUUGCAUGCAAAAACCCAGAAGCCUUCAUUUUAACAUUGAAUUAAACUGGAAAAGUCAUUUUAGGAAAUCUAAAAUUGUUUUUUUUUUUACUGACUCAAUACUACACGUCAUAAAAUAAACAUCAUUAUAAUCUAAUUUGUAGUAAAAAAAAAUAUAUAUAAAUAAAGUGCUGUAGUACUUUUUGCUGCAUAUGUAAAUUAAAAAAUCGCUUUUAAAUAAUAACAUAAAGCAGUUAGUGGUAGUGGACUCAGGAUUUUGGACUCCACUAUAGGUCAUUGUGAUACACUUGGAAUUUGUACAGGAAGUGGUGCAAUACCAGCGUCUGGACAUUGUACUUGUCAACGAGUCAAGCAACUAGUCAUAGCCGAAACGUGUCUGAAGAGUGAAUGAUCUUUUCAUUGAACUGUUGGCUUUCUAAAAUGAACUCUAAGGAAACUUUUUUUUUUACCUUUUUGAUAUUGUUCUUGUUUUUUUUGUGUGCAUUCUGCCAUUACUGAGUUUUUUUGCAAACAGUAUUUAUUGAUUCUAUGUAUAAAGUAAAGGUAUGAAAGGUUAAGCGGAGCACACAGGAUGUUGUUGAUGACGUUGCAGUAUUGCUUGAAUAGAGUAGGAUAUUCCAAAUUGGCACAUUAUCACUUUACUAAUGUUUGUGUUUGAUCCAACUAACAGACUUUGAUUUGCAGGGUUUAUUAGCUACUCCUGAUCCAGUGAGUUGUUGCACCACCUAUGGUUUUUACAGAACGAUGUAGAUUCACUUGAACACUGGGUGCUUUGUGUAGAAAUUGAUACCAUGUGGAAAGCAUUGUGUUCAGUGCAGAUUGGACGGCUGUCUAGUCAGACGGUUGUACAUGCUUCCCAUUUCAUCCCAAAGACUCUCGACUGGCCAUUAAUACAAUACAAAUGAUCAUCUUCCUGGAACUGUUCAGUUCUAGUUUGUGCCUUCUGGCCUUCUGAAAGCACCCAUCCAAGUGUUCAAUGGACUAGAUCAGCGUUGAUGUUUAGCUCCACUGUGCAUUGCAGACAUUGUUCAAUGAGUAUCAGGGGCCCAUAUACUGUAUGUGCCAGGAAAACAUUCCCCACUCCAUCAUGCUGCCACCACUUGCCUGUUCUGUUAUUACCAUGUCAGAUGGCUCCAGUGACUUAUCACUCCAUCAGGAGUGAUCAUCUUCCAGAAGAAACUUGGAUUCAUCCAACCAGGCAAGUUUUCCCCCACUCCUCAACAGGUUUGAUGCUUCCGUUCUCAUUAUAGACGUACACCCUUGUCCUGCCCCUGACAACACUGACUCCCACCAUGUUUUUUUGGCUGCUGUAGUCCAUUUCAGACCAGAGAGUCCGCCUUGUAGGAGGGAAUUCUGUACACUACAGCGGUGUCGAAACUGGAUGGGGUUUGCCAGAUUGUGGCUCUAUUUGAACAACAUUCUCCUUUUACUCCUCUACUCUGAUCCAAAAGAGAUUUUCAUCUACAUUUUAUUCUUUUCUCACCCCAUUGCGCAUGAAAACCCUAAGCCAACUAUUGCAACAAUCACAUCAUUUAUACCACACACCGCAGUCACGUGACGUAUAACCUGGAAUGGUAUAGAAUGUACAAAUUGUGUGAAGUACGGUCAUCCUGUUAUUCUUUGAAUAAUCAAUUUACAUGUUCAAGCUGUAUAAACUCACCAUUUUUUGGUAUAAAAGAAAAGCUGAAUUAAAAUCAGUGAAAUGCAAACGAUGUGCAUAAUGUAUUUAUAUACAGUUUAGAUUCACCGGGCUUAUUUCUUAUCAUAAAAUUAUAUUUGGUAACAUUUUAUGUAGCAGCUAGUUAAUAAGUACCUCACCGUAAAAAAACAAUGUAUGCGUAAUAACCCCAUAUAACUUACACUCAUAUAAAUAUAUGAUACUAUGAUACUUUUUCUUGACAUUGGCGACAAUGUUACCUUUACCUUUAAUAUGUAUGUUUCACCUGGAAAUCUAGAUAUAGUGCACAUUUUAAAUAAUAAAUAGAUUAGGUGCAGAUUUAAAGGUAAAAUAUGUAGUAAAUGUACAAAGAAACCUACCCCAAAGACAAGGAAAGAUAUGGGUAGUACUUCAACUCAGGUACUGUAUUAAGGGAAUGCAGAUGUGAACUAAAAAUUUUGCAGAUUUGUAGUUUUUUAGGCUACAGUUUGUUUUAUAUGUAAUCCAUGUUAUAUAAGAUAAAAUGAACUAAAUCUAUACCAGAACUGCUGCUUCUCUGAGUGACAGGUAGGGGGCAGCACUGCAUCAGCACAUUCGUUGAGCUUGUUUUUCUAACACCCACUGAGUGAUAAAAUAGCCUCCUCUUUUGCUUUUGUAAUAUGAAUUUCAUAGCUCAUGUGGUUGUGUGUGUAUGUGUGAUAACUAGUAUGGUUAUGUAAUUUUUAUACGGCUAAAAUGUUAAGUCAGGUCGACAAAAGCAGCUUGAAAGAAACGCCAGAAUAGUCGGUCUGUAGCUCAAGCGGCUUCAGAAAAAAGCACACGAAGCUUCCAAAGUGCGCCAACAUUUCCCGCCAAGAACUUUUGGUUCUGACAGAAAGUGAGGGGGUGAAAGCAGGACUUUAUGGACCUUGUUCAAACCUUCAACUUUCACUGACCCACAUGACGUUAGGUUUAAAAAAGGUUAUAACCUGCAUGUUCAGAAAGAAUUUCAAAUCUAGCAGAGGAAAUGGGAGUUUUUCUCUACAGCAGUGUAGGGAGGCAGCCAUGACCUAAAAGCUUCCUACAGUAAAUUUAUCUAAUACUAAUAUGAAUCACUUUCGUUUGCUUUGUGCAGUCAGCUGUUGAAAACAGAGUGAGGUAGACUGUUUUUAACCCUCCUCAAGUUUGUUGUCUUCAUUCAUAUAAACCGAGACUGAGUCACAUAUAAACAUGCUGACUAGAUAUAAAUAAGGACCUAACUACAAUCUUUCUUAACGAUAACCAUUUGCUCAGUGUUUAGUAUAGUAAUCCGUCUGUUAUCUGUAAUUGACAACAAAACCACCGAUCAGAAGUGUGGCAUCUUCAUAGUCAUAGUUACUGUUUCUUUAUCAUUUCCAUUUGAAUAUUAGUCCUUGUUUAAAUGAUGGAAAAAAACACAGCUGGUUGUUGAACUCUGAGCUGUUAUUAGAUUCUGGACACCUUCAUCUCAGAUAAAUGACCUCGGCCGCAGUUUCCCCCCUUCUUUUUUUUUGUUGCAGCAUUCAGAUAUGAUUAUAAUUAUUCAUUGCAGACCUUGGAUAUAAGAUCUUUAACACAGAAAUACAUACUUAACCAUGUUUAGUGCAAAAGAUUUGUUCUUUAUUUAUUCAAUUCUGAGUUUAUUUUUUGGACCUCUUCAACUCUUUUUUUCAUUGACAAGUUAGUCUAUUGUGACUCCUACAAUAGCGCCAAUGGGAAUUUAUGCUAACUCAGUUCGUCUGUCCGGCUCUCUCACCUUAUCGUCUGUAAAGAGCUUCAUAAACUUUCAUAUUAAUACCUCAGUCAAUGGUAUCGUACUUAAAAUCUCGUAUAUCUCUUAAUAGCUGUUUCAACCACAACUCAUAAUUAUGUGGCCAUUUGAGGUGCUUGGGUCCAUUACACAGAUUGUGCACCAAGCAGAAAGACUUCCUUUCAAAGCCAAAGUUAAGCCUUGUAAUAGAAAGUG